UGCAAUUUUGGAACUUUGCCGGUGUGGGGAAGUUUGUUUACAUUAUAUUCAUGGUUUUUUUUUUUUAUAUUUAUAGACACUUCGACUCUAUAUAACACCAAACCUUGAGUGUAAGAGCAGAGACAGUUCUAAAGGUGUCGCACCGCAUCCAUCGCGUGAGACAAUUGUUGCAGGAGAUUUUCUGAGCGAAUCAACUUCAUACAAACAGCAAUGAUGGCAUCGACUUGGAUUCUUGCUGUGCUUGUGGUCACCAUAUUGUGCCAACUCUCCUCAUGCCACCCUGUCAGUGGCGGAUCUGGACCUACCCGUGUAGGACACUCAUUUUCUUCAGCACCAUGCAGCCCCAAGGCAUUGGGGAUGGAAGAUAGAAGUAUCCCCGAUAGCAGCAUAACGGCAUCGUCCACCCUCGGUAGUCCCUAUCUCCCAAUCGCCGCUCGACUUAAUGUAGGAAGUAAUGGAUGGAUACCAAGCACUCCAGCAGAUCAGUGGAUCCAGGUUGACCUGGGUAAACCCACGGUGGUUACCGGGCUCACCAUGCAAGGAUACGCCACAGGAGCCGGUUAUUAUGUCACGGCAUUUUCAGUCCAGCACAGCCUCACAGCCGAGUCGGAUGACUGGCAGAGUUUAGCCAAUGCCGACGGUGGAGCAAUCAGAUUCACCUUGAGCAGUGGUCGGACGACGAAUGUCACCUUUCCUGUGCUACCCAUAGCAAGGUUUAUUCGCAUACUACCCCUGGCCUGGGAUCAUUCUAGUUACAGAGUGAGGUUUGAGGUAUUCGGGUGCCAAGUCCCAGAUGGUUAUGUGAGGUUGGUGAAUGGCAGUGAUGCUUUGCGUGGCCGAGUGGAAAUCUACCACCACGAUACAGCAUCCUGGGGAGCGGUGUGCUCUAAUGACUGGGGGAUAAACGACGCAAUCACGGUGUGCCGUCAGCUGGACCUCGGUGCUGCAAUCCAGGCCAACACAGCCUCAGAAUACGGGAGAGGUGACCUGCCGAUCAUGAUGAGCCGAGUCGCCUGUGAGGGGACGGAGAGCCGACUGGCCGACUGCCCGUUUGUCUGCACCAACUACCAGCAGUGUGAAAGCUCAAACGUUGCCGGAGUAUUUUGCUACCCAAAAAAUACUGUUCGGUUGGAGGGAGGCUCCAAUGACUUCAGUGGCCGGGUAGAGAUCUUCCGAAACUACACGUGGGGAACGAUCUGCGACCGUGGCUGGGACGCCACGGAUGCCGGGGUGGUCUGCCGACAACUCGGGUACAGCGGCGCCGUGGAAGCCAAGUCCGGAGCGCACUACGGGGAAGGAAGCGGCCUCAUUCAUAUGGAGGGCGUGGCCUGUACUGGCUCAGAGGAGGGACUCGCUAACUGCCCGUCCCUCUGCUGGACAGCAUCUACCUGCAGCCACAGCCGAGAUGCCGGGGUCAUCUGCAGUGUCGAAGACUAGUGGUUCUGAAGAAACCAACCCCAAGUGACGGGAAACUGGACUGGCUUCAAGCAGUUCCUGCGAUAGCCCUGCCUUUAGGCUACAAGUAGUUAUAUACUCCGUUGUGUAUUAAAUGUAUUAUUGAAUUCGUAGUGUAAUCACCUUCAUCCUGGGCCUUUCUUUUAAUUUUGACGUAUCAUAAGGAAAGUUAGUAACUUGGGCCACGCCUAGCUACCGCUAGAGGUCGCCAUACAAAUUCUUAGGCAAAAUCAUUUUGUCAUUUUGUCACAAAUUGUGAAUCUCUCUACCUAAGGCAUUUUGUUUAGAAUGAAAAUGAACUUUGUGACGAAUAGGUGAAAAUAGAAAGCUGCUUUUCUCGCCAAUGGGAGCCAUGUUGGCCAACAUGCAUUUUAGUUGGUCACAUGACCAUAGUUUUCACAUCUAAAGUGGAUAUUUGAUAGUUUUGUGCAAAGAAAACAUGGUUUUGACCCACAAAAAUGCGAAUUUCCAUACUUAAAUACAAAAAUAAACAUUGUAUAUACGUACUAGCACUUUUAAAUUGGUUGCCAUGGUAAUAAUGGAAUUUCACAGAAGUUGUUUGACACCUUAUAAAGGGUGCGUUCGGUUAGCUCACCUGGGUCGACUCGGUUUAACCCCGUGCCGUUCGAUAAGCUCUGACGUCAUUCUUGGGGCUCACCCUGGUCAGCCACCACAUACCCUGGUCGUGGAGCAGUGGUGGAAAUACGUCACACGCAUGCGUUGUUCAUUCCAAGAAACGGACAAAUAUGGCGGUCGAAAAGUGGAAAAAUCGAUUACACAAUCAUCACGACCAUGACUCUUCGCUUCACAUUCACUAUCGUGUUUCUCCUCCAACUGUACCAGCAUCUGAAUACUCCAAGGAAUACUUGGACAUGGAAACCUGGUAUUCCUGCAAACCGAUUGCUACCAAAUCGUCACUUCUCAAGCUCAAGUGAACCCUGCUGCAGUAAAUUCAAACCGAACCAUCUCUGCACCGUUUUGGCACUAUUGCUUUCUGGCGACAUUCAUCCCAAUCCCGGACCUCGUGGAAAACAGGCUAAUAUUUAUCCCUGCGGUCUAUCUGAGUACCCAGUAACUUGGAAUUGUGAAGGAGUAGCCUGCGAUGACUGUAGUAUUUGGUUCCACCAGUCAUGUAUUGAAUUGUGUUCUGCAGACUUUGAAUUGCUAAACCACUCCACCGCUCAAUGGAAAUGCCAUAAAUGCAGCAGUGUUAACUGUGGCAGCUUCACCUUCCAUAGCUACGAAUUUGAUUGUUCAAUCAAUUAUUACCUACCUCAUCUGGAUCCCGACACUUCAGUGAAUACUCUUCUUUCCGACCACAACUUCAGCCCACUUCAGACAAGUAGCCCAACAACAGACAGAAAACCAGACCAAGCUCAAAGUACCCAACAUCUACAGCCUAACUCAACUCCAUCGCUACCUGCAGAUAGUUACUCAAUGUAUUGCUUACCCAAUAAGCAAAAUCUGAGAAUAAUGACCGUGAACUGCCGUAGUGUGUUAGCCAAAAGAUCCGAACUUGCCGCAGCCAUGGAAAAAUAAAAACCUGAUAUCGUCUGCGGAACUGAAUCCUGGCUUAGUGGCAUCAAGCCUGGUCAAAACCCAUCUGAAGGAUACAUCAAAUCUAGCGAAAUUUUCCACGAUAACUUCUUUGCAUACUGAAAUGACCGCAGUGCUCUGGGAGGGGGUGUUUUAUACUUGUUCGUCGGAACUUGAUCUCAAUUGAACAAGCGGAACUUGUUACAAACUGUGAAUUAGAAUUGGUAAAGGUUAAACUCCAAAAUAGCAGGGAACUAUUGAUCGGAUGUUUCUACAUACCUCAUCAAAAUGCCAGUGACAUAAAUGAACUCAGCAGAUCGUUGAAAAAACUAACAAUAAACGGGCUCUCAGAUAAGCAUAUAAUCCUCGCAGGAGAUUUCAAUUGCCCGAACAUUGAUUGGGACAAUUGCACUGUCGACCCAAGAAGCAGUGACACGCACAUACAACAAAACUUAAUUGACAUCACCGCCCAUUUGUCACAAGUCCACAUGUUACCUACACGCGGGGACAACUUGUUGGACUUAGUGUUCACAUCAAACUCCUCCUUGGUGAAGUCUUCAGUUUGUGCGGCAGGCAGGAUGUAUUACUAAAAUGCUACAAACCAUGAAAUUACUAUCCCUUCCGGAAAGACGAAAGCAACUACGCCUGAUACUCCUGCACAAGGUAGUUGCAGGGCUGGUACCGGCCAUCCCCUCACAUCUAUACCUUACACCCAGAAAACAAGGCAGAAAAAUUCGGCCAGGAAAGAUUGACGGUACAUCCUCAUCGAAUACCAUAGCAAGCUCCAUCGCGAUAAACUCCAAGUGCUUCAAAGUAUCGUGGUGCAACACAGAUCAACUUAAAAACUCAUUCUUUACCAAAUUAGUUAUUGACUGGAACCAUCUUGAGGAAAACCUUGUUCAAGCCGACUCGGUCAAGAGGUUUAAAACCCUCCUCGGCCACGGACCUCACUCAGUGUAACAUAUCCCAGCGUACACCCUCUCUCUCCGUUGCGUUAAUGCCUGAGUGGGUUUCUGCAACGUACCCAUUCAGAUUACAGAUAAACAUAGGCCUAUUGAGCUCAUUGCGACUUUAGAGGUUGUAAUUCCAGCCCAUCUUUGUUACUUUUUUUUUGCGAUUGACGAAAAAGUAGUGAAAAUCAAAGUUAGACUCAUAUUCAGUUCGAAACGGGCCUUUUGUCAACUACGACGCCGCGGCUACGGAAAUCACGAGAGGGUUUACGGUGGAGCGAUCGAUUAGCACGACUCUCUUAUUAGCCAUAUAACCCGUCUGCCUUUAUACCGGUGACGAUCUGGGUGAGCUACUCGAACGUACCCUAUAAUAAGUAAAGUCACUACAUUUCAUGCUGAUCAACCAAGACAUUCCAGAAUGUUAUUUGUUUAUAAUGUGGGCACAUGGUGUUUAGUUUAAAGAAGGGGAAACAGAGAAAACUGAAAUUCACUACAUACGAUGAUUUACUUUUUGAUUAUGUCAUUGAGGACGGAUAGGGUUCCUUUUUGUUACAUAAGAAAACAAGUGCAUUUACAAUCAAUAGUGCUGAUGGCCCAAGCACAGGUACUUUUCACUUCAUAAUACAACUGAAGUAGGUCACAUUUUUGUAUCUAAAAAGACAUACUACGCUAUUAUGAUUAAUAUUCAUUCAUAAUUUUCACUUGCUCAGUUAUAUUUUUUCAAUUUGCAUGAACGAGACGCAUGAUGAAAAGUAUUUACACUCAAUCAAUUUAGUCAAUUACAAGGCAUGUUUUAAUACAGCGUAUAGCAGAAACUGCUUUGUAGUAUUGUUUAUGAAUAUAUAAUAUAAAAGUAUCUUACGUUCGCCAUAGCCUCCCGUGAAUACUUCGUUCUUGGAAUCUACAGUCAAAAUUGCAUCUUAUACCAAAAUAUUUACACAUUUUUCCUAAUCAAAACUUUUUAAUAAUUAUUUGUGUUUAAGUACAAAAAUCAUGACCUCAUGAAUAUUCAAACGCUAUUACUCAUUUCGGACGGCUUAUUGUGUUAUCCUAGAAACUUCGAGUCAAUUUUAGCAAUCAUUGUUCUUAUCAAACCUACACAAGAUGCUUGUAGUUAAAUCAAUUUGUUGCACUUAUUAAAGCUGUUAGUAACAUUCGAAA